AUGGCUGAAAAGACUGAGUCCCCAGCCUCCACACCUCCAACUACUCACGAUGAGGGUGUUGUUCAUCGCUCCUAUCGCCACUCCACGGUGGACGGUCAACCGGGUUAUUCGGAACAUGGAGCUCUGGUCGACCACAAAGUGCCACAGGAAGAAAUCGUGCAGUCAGAGCCUGACCUCUUAUGGAGCAGAGUUCGUCAUUAUUUGAGAGAGCCGUUCUCUGAGUUCUUCGGUGUCUUCAUCCUCAUUCUAUUUGGGGACGGUGUUGUCGCCCAAGUCGUUCUCUCUGGAGGCGAGAAGGGCGAUUACCAGUCCAUAUCAUGGGGCUGGGGAUUGGGUGUGAUGCUUGGUGUGUACGCCUCGGGUAUAUCUGGUGCACACAUCAAUCCCGCCGUUACCUUUGCGAAUUGCGUCUUUCGGAAAUUUCCAUGGCGCAAGUUCUUCCCCUAUAUGGUCGCCCAGGUGCUAGGAGCAAUGUGCGCUUCGGCCGUUGUCUAUGGAAACUACAAGUCGGCCAUAGACGUCUUUGAAGGUGGUCCCAAUAUCAGGACCGUCCCUGGUUACUCUGAAACAGCCUCAGCUGGCAUCUUUUGCACCUACCCAGCCCCUUUCAUGACUACUACUGGUCAAUUUUUCUCGGAGUUCAUCGCCAGCGCUAUCCUUAUGUUCCUAAUCUAUGCUCUCAAGGAUGACGGCAACAUCGGGGCUGGACCUUUGACACCUCUAUGCCUAUUCUUUGUUAUCUUUGGCAUCGGCGCUUGUUUUGGUUGGGAAACCGGCUAUGCGAUCAACCUGGCCCGUGAUUUCGGGCCAAGGUUGGUAUCGUAUAUGCUCGGUUAUGGCACCAACGUGUGGAAGGCUGGAAAUUAUUACUUUUGGGUGCCCAUAGUCGCCCCUUUUCUCGGAUGCACAUUCGGUGGUUUCCUCUACGACGUGUUCCUCUUCACAGGAGAGUCUCCGAUCAACACGCCAGGCAUGGGGCUCUUGAGAUUCACACAAUUGAACAAGCAAACCUGGUCUAACACCUACGACUCCGCAGCUUAA